AGAUCGCGAUCCUCUUCUUCCGCGGCUCAGUCUAGAGAGUCUAGAUGAUCUUCGGGACUUUUUGGUCUCAAAGAAACACCAAAACGAAACGAAAUUGCAUGAAGCUGUUCUACAACUUUGAAAGCAGACCCACCAGAUCACGGGUACAGCGCGAUCACCGCAAUCGCGACACAAGUCUUUGCCAUCCAGGUCUUUUUCUUAAGACGACCAUUCAGUUAAUCGUUAGCGGUUGACCAACGCGAUCAUAUGUGUUACGCUAUAGAAAAGAUACAAGUUGUGCUGAGGUUGUUGUUGACCGAGAAAAGGCUGGCUGCGCCUGGCGAUCUUGAAAUUUCGGUGCAGUCUAUUAGGACGGGCGAGGUGCUUGCGUACCCUCGGUCGUUGCUAUUUUCCGGGAAUCUAAGAUUUUAGCCUGUAUCUGGAGCGUGCUAACCGGCGAAAUUUUAACGGUUCCCGAAUUCGAAAAUCGGUUGAUGACUCAAAGAUACAAAAUAGUACUUAGACAGUGGACAACCGAGUGGCUCAAUUCGUGCGCAGUGUGUCAAUACUCCAGUGUUGCGACUUGAACUGUGUCGCCAAAAAGCAUUUGAAAUUUGGUCCGUUACAAUAAGCCAAGUGCCCUUGACAAAUUCAACUCGAUAGAUUCUAAGUGACUUGAUGGAGAUAGAUGGAUUUGCGAGUAUAACUGGGUUUUGCAAGUACCAACGACCGCUCGAUCUGAGAAACAACUAAAAUUUCCUAAAAUAGGUUACUGAAUGCGAUUGUUGCUUUUGCGUUGCAUUCACAAGAAGUGACUGGAGGAUAUUGUCUUCAAACAGCUGCUCUGGUUGCGACAGAGGGGUUUGAAGGUGUACUGGACCGGCUGGCUUUCGCGUUACUCAUUUCGCAUUCGCGCGCCUAAUGUGAACUAUGAGUUGCCUGCGGGGGAGAUCAUUUUGCUGAUUGGAAAAAUUGAACGCAACGCGUAAUCCUUGCUUCGUUGGAAAGACAGAUGUUUCUUGUUAGAUACAAGAUAUGCACGAGUUCGACAAAUGUAGACAAUCGUGGUGGAAGCUAAUGUGCAAAUGGUGUGACCAUCAUUGUGAAGGAUAACAUGAGAUUGUUGGAAUGUGAUUGUUUUGGUUCUGUUGAUCUACUUAAAGAGUUGUAGUUUUAACAAUUAACUCGGCAAGCAGGGAUUACAAAGACUUUGUGUUAUAGAAAAGCUGGAUUGGAUUUCGAAAUUAAGAGAUAAUCUCCCUAUGAUGUUCAAAGCCGGCCAAUGAAUAUCUCUGGAUGGAUUUGAUUCGAGCUUGAAUAUCUCCGUUUCUGGAUUGAGGGACAUUUUACCGCGAGAAGACGCCAAAGCGGAAUUUCGGAAAUUAUGGAUGCAGUCCUCUGAAGCUAUCAAAGUGAAUGCAAGAAGAACCAAAAAUGGAUCCGCCUAGUGGUGCCCCGCCUGUUUCAGCACCUCCAAACCCGGUCACUAUCAAGCCCCGCGGUCAUAUGCGUUCGGCCUCCCUUGAGAAUGCCAGUUCACUGAUCGCCAAAAAUACUUUGGGGCUUCCCGUGAUGCAACCUUGCUUCACAGGAACUCUGAAGUCAAAAAACGAACAACGACGCCUCAAAACUAAAUUCGGAAGCCACAACAAUUUAGAAGAUUAUGUGGGCCACAGAAAAUCGAAGUUCCAGCAUUUACGCAAUAUGUUUGAGAUGCGAACGGACUACGACACCACGCCAGUUCUAUCCAAGCAUCAACUAAUUCAGUCCCAGCAACAACAGCAAAAGAUACAGCAACAAAUGCAACAGUCACAACAUUAUCAGCCACUCCAAAGUCAACAGAAACUCAGCUGCGCAAAGCCAAUUGAAGGAGUUGAGUUUAACGAUAAUUUAAGUAUAGUGGAGACACCGUCACGGGUUCAGUCCUCUGACUUCAAUGAGAGUAACAACGAACAGGUUAAAAAUAUUGUAAGACCCAUAGCUUUUAAGCCAAUACCCUUCGAGCCAGACUACAGUAUUCCGAAUCGGUAUAGUGAGCUAUGCGAUCGAUAUGGAUCUACGCCUUCUCUAAUUCCACCUCAGGCCCAAAAUAUGAGGUUUGGAAGCACUCAGGACCUUCGACAUGGAUACAGUAUAUUUUGCAGCAAUCAGCUUGCACGAAGACGUUCGAAGGCAUUGAAAAUCAACGAUAGCAUGGAAUCGGUGAGGCACACCCCAGACUCCGAUGCGACAAGUCACAGCAGUACAAUAAAAUCAUCAAGUAAAUAUCUGCAAGAUCAAUUCGACAUGACACCAUCCCCAUCCGAUUCAGGAAUAUCCGACUUGGAAGCUGUACUCAAAGAUCGCGACUCAGAACUAUCAUAUCUUCGCCAAACAAUAGAACAUAAUGAGAAAGCCAUCUUUAAAGUUCAUAAAGAACAGGAUAAAGAGGCCUAUUGGGAGCUAGAAAUUAGGCGACAAAAAGCUUUCUACGAGAAUCAACAACGAGAAUAUGUCCUUAAAAUUAAGAAACUAGAACAAAUGCUAACGCUCCAGUCGUUUCAAUUUAAGCAGAAUAAAUUAAGACUGACUGACGAUACGAAUCGAUUGAAGGACCAGUUUUGUGAUUUGAAGAAUGAAAAUGAUACUUUAAGGAAGGAAACUGAAAACCUACGAACUGCUGAUACCUCCUUAAAGGAUCGUGUUCGGCAAUUGGAAGAGAAAGCAGAAAUGAUGGACAAGUUAAUAGAGAGCCUGAAAGGUCAACUGGAGGAAAACGAAUGGACAGUUUGUCAGAAGAAUGGUGAAAUAGCUUUAUUGAAAACACAAUUGAAAGAAACAAAGGAGGAGUUGAAAGCCAAGGAACAUGAAUUAGCUCAGAUGAAAAGCGAAAAUGUAAAUCGAAUGCUACAAGAAAAGGAAGCACAGGAAAAUAACGAGACCAAAAAAGAUUACGACGCUGAUCUAGAAAUUUCCCAGCUCAAUCGUAUCGUCAUUCUUAAAGACCAAGUAAUACUUGCCCUUACCAACGAAUUAGCCAAACUUCGAAAAGAGCUCUCCGACUUGGCUAUUUUUCAAGAAUAUGGAAAGGAGCCAAACGGAAAGUAUGCCCGCCUUAAAUACAAAAUCGACAGUCUUACAAGCAUAUGUGGUCGACCAACUGAAAACGAUCACCUCCACCUCGAAACCCCCAACGGGAACAGUAUCCAAAUAAUCAAUCCGUCCAAGAAGGACUUACAGCAAGACGGCGACCUUCAAAUCAUCAUAAAUUGUUUGAAAUCCUCCGCACCAUUUGCCGACAAAAGCGAAGACACUGACGGGACACCGACAGACCGUACCGAAUCAAAAAAGGACGAGUCGACAAAAAACCUACCAGACGUGACAAUGAAUCGAGUUAAAGAUAGUGCUGAGGAGCAGCAGAGAUCUGAGGACCUGCGUAAGGAAUUGGAGAUAAUUCGUAAGACAUUCGAACGGGAGAAACAACAAUGGGCCGACGAGAAGGAGAAGGUCCUGAAAUAUCAACGACAAUUGCAGCUUCAUUAUAUCAACAUGUAUCAAAAGAUGAAAGAUUUAGAGAGUAAAUUGUCCGUUAGGUUCUAAGCCCCAUUGAACGUUUACAAUGCAAAUAUAUUUCCAUUGUCUUCAUUACUAUUUUUAAUGUAAUAUUUUUAGCUUUUUGUUUUACUCUUGACCACUGUUACAGCAGUUAUUUAUUCGAACAACUUUUUAUCUACAAUAGGGAUUUAGAGAGAUAUUCUGUUUAUGUUAUUGGAAGAUGAUGCUUUGAAGUGUAUUUUAUCCUUAGAAAAUUCCAUAUAUCCAUGUUUUCUUAUGUAGUCUCCAGUUUUUAUGUAAUAAACAAUAUUUCUUCAAUAGGA